ACAAGCUCGUGGGGGGAAAUCGAGAGUGCGAAAACGGCUCGUGGACACAAUGGAUUUGUGAACGAAAGGAACGUAAUUUUCGUUCAUUAAAGGACGGAGUCUUCGAUGAGCACGAGAAACAAGGCUGCCACUUCUUAUUCAUGCAAUAAGGAGGAGAAGCAGAGGGCUAUGCUGUUUCUGCUUGUCUUUACUGCUGUUGAUUAACCAUGAUGAAGACUGAACCCCCAUCUGCAGCCAGCGGCAGCGCCAGCACCACCCUCGUAGCAAGAAGCGCAUCACCGCACAGAAACGCCUAUGAAGCUGGAAUUCAAUCUCUCAAGCCAGUAAAAGAUUCCAGUGCUGCUAACGGGGAGGAUGGGAAACCUCGACCACAGGGCCGGGGCCGCAGGUACGGCUCCAAUGUGCACCGCAUCAAGAAUAUGUUCAUGCAGAUGGGUUCUCCUGGGGAAGAAGAGGAUCCGUUGAAGGCCGAAGGCCAGGCAAUCCGACUCUCCCUCCCCAGAGCAAGCAGUCUGAAUGAGAAUGUGGAUCACAGUGCGCUGCUCAAACUCGGCGGGACUGUGUCAGAGCGAGUUAGCCGCUUCGAUGGAAAGACCGACGGUAGCAGCUCCCAUGGACCAAGCACAGGCUUCUCCAAGCUACAGGAGACACGGAAGAUAUUUGAGCAGCGUCACCUGCAGGAGAAGCAGGCUGCGACUAAUCGAAUCCUGUUAAAGAAAGAGCGGGCGUCGGGGUUCCAAGACAGCCGUUUGGAUGUGGUGGUUCGCUUCAAUGGCAGCACAGAGUCAUUGGACAUACUGGACGCGGGGGACUGUCGCGCAGAUGCAGUGUCCCCUACAGUCAGCCAGUUGAGCGCAGUGUUUGAACGAACAGACCAGCGCAACAACCUUCACCGACCAUCUUCAACCUCCCCACUGCCUUCUCACGGGGUAGGCUCUACCCCGGGCAAGGUGGGAGGAAUCAGCUCCAAAAUUGUCACUAGAAAGGGACGAGUCUCCCCUCCGACAGAGAAUCAAGAUGAGGGAGCUCAGCGCAAAGACCAAGAGGCUGUACCUGGGAGUCCGAAGAGUAGAACAAGCUUCCAAGCUGAUGGACCCAAAAGCAAAUCAUCCGAGGAUGUGGCUUCUGGCAAUGCUGGUAUGGAUUUCAAUACGUCCAGGUCAGAAGAGAUCCAUAAUGCAUCGGGCAAGUAUUCCAAACCAGAGGGGCAUGCAGCACCAGAAGCACCGGAUGCAGGGAGCAGACUGGUACAGGCGGAUGUCCAUGCCUCUUUGGAAAAUGGGGAGGCCACCAGCAGCUAUGAGCCCUCAGAACAAAAGGAGGAAAUUGGACAGGCCUGCAAUGAGGAGGAAUCCCACAGAGAGGAUAUCUCAGAAGCAGACCUGGUGGACAUCAGCGCGUACAGCGGGAUUGGAGAGGACUCUGGUGGUAGUCAGCUGGAUGAAGAUGAGGAGGCUGAGGAUGAUGGUGCUUACGAACCAGAAUCCAGCUGUUCAGAAAUCCCUGGGCUGCCUGUAGAAGAUGAACCACCCCCCAGCAGGAAAAUUGGUUUCAGUACAAACCCCAUCAAGGUUUUCACCACAUACUCGAACGAGGACUACGACAGGCGUAAUGAUGAGGUUGACCCCAUGGCGGCUUCGGCCGAGUAUGAACUGGAGAAGAGGGUGGAGAGACUGGACCUUUUCCCCGUCGAGCUGGAGAAAGAUAAUGACGGAUUGGGAAUCAGCAUCAUCGGGAUGGGUGCUGGCGCGGACAUGGGCCUGGAAAAACUGGGAAUCUUUGUCAAGACAGUGACAGAAGGAGGAGCCGCCCACCGAGAUGGAAGGAUCCAGGUGAAUGAUCUGAUCGUGGAGGUGGAUGGAACCAGUCUGGUGGGCGUGACCCAGAAUUUCGCUGCAUCGGUCCUUAGGAACACCAGCGGCACUGUCAAGUUUGUGAUUGGCCGGGAGAAGCCGGGGGAACAGAGUGAGGUGGCCCAGCUGAUUCAGCAGACACUGGAGCAGGAGAGAUGGCAAAGGGAAAUGAUGGAGCAACGCUACAACCCCUACACGGAAGAGGACGAAGAGACGGGUGAAUAUGCCACCGAUGAAGAAGGAGAGAUGAGCCCCAUGUUUCCUAAUGCCAUCGAGGUGUUUGACCUGGCAGAGAAUGAAGACAUGCUCUCUCCUGUGGAGAUGGACCCAGAGAAACUUGCACACAAGUUUAAGGAGGUUACAGACUUGGAGUCAAAGGUUGGUGCCCUGAAGAGCUUGGAGCCGUCGUAA